AUGGUAACUCGACAUACAGUAGCCACAGUGGCCUGCUCUCACUGCCGUCUGGCUGCUUUAAAACUAUUUGCUAAUUCUACGAAUGCUUUACCCGCUAUAAGAACUAGCCCUUUACAAUAUCGACCACGACUAGUCACUAGGAUACCAAUUCGGUCAUUCUCAUCUCGAUUAUCUCAAAAUGAGAUCUCGAAUAGCACCGUGUCGACUGAAGCAGACCAAGAAAGGGACGACACACUUGACGAUCAGAGUCAUGAGACCACCACUGGGAGUACGAGUCUAAAUAGUACCCCUUGGUAUCUUCAAGUCGAGCCUCCAAGACAUGUGGCUACCAUUGAGCCGCCGCCCUUACCGGAAGUUCCUUCGGAAUCUCCAGAGAUCAUCGGCUCAUUAUUAAAAUAUGUUUCCGAGGAGUUGGGCCUUGACGAACUCGAACUAUUAGAUCUUAGGGAACUGGACCCCCCAGCAGCACUAGGUCCGAACCUUUUUAUGCUGUUUGGCACAGCGCGGAGUGAGCGCCAUCUCAACGUAUCGUCUGGGAGGCUGUUACGAUGGCUACGCGCUAAGCAUCAUAUCUGGGCCCACGCCGAUGGCUUGCUCGGACCAAAUGAGCGCAAGACAAAGCUGCGCCGGAAAGCUAAGAAGGCAAAGCUCCUGGGAGGUGUUGAGGAUACCGAUGACGGUAUUAGAACCGGCUGGAUAUGUGUUAAUCUAGGGACCAUAGGCUUUGGUAAGGAGGAGUCCGCAGUUGUUGCCGGCGAUGGGCGUGUUGCUGGCUUCGGUGCCGCUCAAGAUGGAUCCACAAUUGUCGUUCAGAUUAUGACAGAAUCUCGAAGAGCCGAAAUGGGCCUCGAAGCUUUAUGGAAACGGAGUCUAGGCCAGCCCGUCGACAGCGUCGUAAAGUCGGAACAUAAACCUGUAGAAUCGGAUCAUAGGCCUAUAAAGUCUGAGCAUAGGCCUAUAAAGUCUGAACAUAGGCCCGUAAAACCGCAGCAUAGGCGGCCAAAGUCAGAUGUGAAGGACAUGGAAGGCCUCCACCCAUUGGAGAAGGCUAUCCUAGCCAGUUCACGCCGAAAUACAACCUCCGGAAACAAUCCCUUCAACGACACGUCAAGGGGAACACCUUUUGAGCAGACACGAUUUUAUUCAACACAGCGGACGAUCGGAGACGAAGCACCGGUGAUCAAGUCACUGUCUAAUAUCGAAUCGGAACAUGCACUUGAGCAGAGUCUACAAUUUGAUGUCCAUCAGAAAUCCAAUAUUCUAUCUCUGCUAGAAGCUCGGCUUGAUCAUCCAUCUGUCAUUUCUACUUCAGAUGAAGGGCGAUCCUUCUCAAAGUCUUUCCUUCGAUUAUCCCAGCUUGCAUGCCAAGGGCUUCGUCCAUCUGAAACCUGGGGGUUUCGCCUCGCAGUUCACACCAAGGCAUGCGAGCUUGGCGUGGAUAAUUUCACUGAGUUCCCAAACGACGUACGGCAGCUAUUUGAAGAAAUGUGCCUUCAUGGAAUCAUUUUCACGCGGCAGCAGUGUCUGCAGCUUUUGACGUGCAUUUACAACUCGGAUAUCGGCGGAUUUGAUGAACAAACUAAAUUAGCCCUACGACUCUUGAAAACGGUUCAGCAACGUGGACAGCCAGUCCUCGCCAGUGAUAUCAUUGUCACUAUUAUCGAAGCAGCAGCUCGAUCUUAUAAACGAUCCGCGUCUCAAGACUACGUAAAACUCAUGGAGCGACUAGAAGACGUUUUGGUGCAAGCAGAUUUAUCCCAACUAGAAGAACCGCAGAUCAUGAGACUCAUGAAAGCAUACAUCGAAAUAGGUGAUUGGAAAAGAUUUCGGAACGUAUGGGGCAUACCUGCGAGACACCUACGGCCGCGUUCGGCAGCUAUGUAUAUCCACGCCUAUGAUCUGGCAUCCGCCACGGGUUCGCAUGCUGUUUGCAGAGCGAUGCUGAGAUUGUGCUUUCAGGAGAUGCUCUCAGAGAACCCGCCUGUGCUACCCCGUGGUAUGGUGCUAGAGGGCAUUAAAAAGUGCAUCGAUAUAGCCGAUAAAACCGCCCAGGAGAUCUUCGAGGCCAUACUGAAAAAUCCCCACGCUCACGAAACUAGAAGAGGGAAAGAAUUUGUCAGGCUUUUGAAUAGCAUUCAUUUGAUAAAUAUAACCAGUGGGCGACAAGCUUAA